CAACUCAGAUAAAUCAGACCUCAACACCCCCUCCAAUCUAACACACACAGAUGAAGAGAAGUGAGUAGCGUGCAUUCAUUUGGACUCUGCGGCAGUUCUCAGGUGUUUCUGCGGUUCUAUUUCUGCACCUGCAGAGCAUCAGACGUCACGGCUCUAAACAAAAGGAACUGUGAACUGGGGUCAACGCCAUGUCCAUAGAACAACUCCAGGGAAGUUUGGAACCUCAGCAAGGAGACUCUGCUUAUGAUGACUGGUACAUAGAUGAACCACAAGAACCAACUGUGAACCCUGAUGAAAUUAUUCCAGAAUGUUUCCCAACUUUGUCAUAUGGGAUGUAUCACCUCAUCCUAGCUUCAUUAUCUCUUCUCACUAUGCUGCUACUCUCCUUCCUUAUGCGGCGUCAAAAACUCUGCAAAUCCUGCUGCUGGGGUGUCCCAGGCCUACUCAGUCCUCUGAACCUUCUGGAGGAUUCUUAUAAUAGGUGGAUGCCCUGUGCUGUUUUUGGUUUGCUCUUUUCCUCUCUUUGGCGGCUGCUUCUGGACCCUACUAAUCUUAACUUCAUCACAGAACUUGGGGGGCCAAGACAAGAGAUAUGGAAGAUGUUGGCUCUCUUCUAUUACCCUGCUUUGUAUUAUCCCCUGAUGGCAUGCCAAAGUGUACAACGGACAAUCGGGUAUUUAUUGGGCACAAUCUUAUCCUGGCUUCAUUGUGGUGCCCUUAUCUGGCAGACUGUAGAGUGUCCAGAAACACCACAGUUCUACAGAUACUACUCAUUGCUGUCAGCACUGCCCCAAAUCUGCUGCCUGAUACUGCUCAGUGCUGUGUACCCUGCCAUGACGAUGUACAGUCUGCGCCAGCGAUCCCACUCUGAACAGAUGCCGAAUAAAAAUAAUUACUUACAAUAUCUCAAAAGUGUUUUAAGACGGAAAGAUUCAGAUGGCAGUAAAGAGUCCAGUGGUUUUGGAUCCCAAGUGUCACAAAUAAUCUGCUCCUAUCUAUAUCCUCAAAAUGCAGGCUUCCGCUUGUCACUGAGAGCCAUCCUUGCAGUUAUAGCGUCAAUACUGUCUGGAUACCAGGUGGCUCUUGUGCUACUUGUCAUGUUUCUUCCUACCGUGAAGAAAGUCCGCCAGGCUGUUGAUGCUGACUUUAUCCUCAUGUUGGCUGGCUUUGGUGUGACCGUGGAUGAAGAUAAGUCCAGAGCAGUGGCAUUUGUUGCAUAUUAUAUCUGGGCAGUAGAAGUGUGUUACAUUGCUGCACUGGUGCUGGCCUGCGCUGUUACUGUAACAAUGCUUCUGAGAUCCCUUGUCAAGCACAGAUGGGCUCUCCAUUCACUGUGUUCAGGGCAAGUUUCCCUUGUGUUCCUGCAGUCCUGCAGUAUUAGACCAACACCCAUGGCACUCUCCAGUUGGAUGAGUUAUAUCAGCUACCAGGUGGCAGUUACCUGUUUUGGUCUGAUUAUCCAGCAUGUUGUCCUGUUCUUUUGCAAUUUGAUUGUAGCCUUCCUUAUAAUUAUUCCCAUCGUCUAUGGAAAGUUCCAGAUCAUUCUCCACAUUCUAGAGAACACAUGGCAAUUCUGGCUGCUUUUGGUCUUGGUGGCAUUACUGCAGCAUCUCUGCACCCAUUUUCUAUUCCUGGAGAGAACCCUGGCACAAAUCGAUAACAGGAGAAUCCUCUUCCUGCUUACGUUCCUCCUGUUGCCUGUGAAUGCCCUGAGGGGAUUGCUGUUAUCCCUUUUGCGUCUUUUGGUUUCUACAAUCUUCAAUGUUACCCACUUCUGCCGCCUGGAUGUGAGUCUCCUCCAGCACAGUGUGCAGGGCUGGGACCCCGCAUACCGGAAUUACUGCCACUUUCUGAUGCUGGAAGUCAGCGAGUGUCACCCACUGGUGAGAGCAUUCUGCUUGCUGCUAGGACCCUCAAAGGAAAGACAAGCAGACUUGGAGGAGGGAAUUCAGUUGAUGCCCCCAGAUGGAAAAGUCCAAAAGGGAGGGCGAUCCCACCUUGCCCGCAUUCGAUGGAGUUUGGCAUAUACCCUCAUCCACAACCCAUCUCUACUAUCCCACCGAGCAAACAUGUGCACCAAUGGAGCAGCCUCUAUACGCCCCACGUAG